AGUUCAGUCUGCAACUUGUGCUGCCACAGCCUGACAAUGACAGACUCACAGUUCAAAACAUGGAAGUUUCUAAAGAUAAUUUCUAGCAGCUUGCUAAUUCUAGUGUUGCUGCUAUUCACCGCAGCAACCAUCAGGACUCUGUCUCUGGACGUAAACGUCGGACUCCAGCUCGCACACUGGGAGAAGUCGAACAACAUCUCUCUGGUGAUUGACCAGCAUCAAAGAGAGGAGCUUCUAGCCAACUUUAAAGAGGCAGUGAGAAUCCCCACGGUGUCAUUCUCGGAGACGGAGAGCAACACCACGGCGCUGCGUCAGUUUGACACUUUCCUCCGUAAAGCCUUCCCCGCAGUUUUCUCUUCAAGCCUGGUUCAUCAUGAGCUCGUGGCUAAUUACAGCCACCUGUUCCGGGUGCAGGGCUCUCAGCCUGACUUGGUGCCGUACCUGCUGCUGGCCCACAUUGAUGUAGUACCUGCCAAGGAGUCAGAUGGCUGGGAGGCCCCUCCCUUUUCUGCCGAAGAGAUAGAUGACUUCAUCUAUGGUAGAGGGACCAUAGAUGAUAAGUGUGCUGUAAUGGGAAUACUUCAAGCGUUGGAGUACUUGCUGAUUAGAGGCUACGCUCCGCGCAGGGGUUUUUACAUCGGUUUGGGUCAUGAUGAAGAAGCCAGAGGUUUCAAUGGGGCGAUGAACAUUGUGCGCCUGAUGAAGGAACGUGGCGUGAAGCUGUCGUUUGUCCUGGACGAAGGCCUGGCUGUACUUGACGGAGUCAUCAGUGGACUCAAUGGACCUGCAGCUCUAAUUGGGGUUAGUGAGAAGGGCUCAGCCAAUGUGAAGCUUAGUGUGUCUAUGGCGCCUGGUCACUCCUCGAUGCCUCCCAGGGAGUCCAGCAUUGGGAUCCUAGCUGCAGCAGUAAAAAGGCUUGAAGAGAAUCCCAUGCCCAGGUUAUUUGGUCUUGGUCCCGAACGUGAAACCUUUGAACAUCUGGCCCACAAGUUUGGGCUUCCUCUGAAGUUCAUAAUGUCCAAUUUAUGGCUCUUCUCUCCCCUUCUUGGCAGAAUACUGGAAAGAAAGCCAGACACUAAUGCUUUUGUAAGGACUACCACAGCAGUGACCAUGUUCAAUGCAGGAGUUAAGGUGAACAUCAUUCCCGCCCUUGCUGAAGCUUAUGUAAAUCUGCGAAUCCACUCUGCACAUUCAUUACAAGAGGUCUUAGACUUCAUCCAGGAUACUGUGGGCGACCAGCGAGUGAAAAUAGAGCUUAUUGAUGGAUUUGACCCGCUCCCUGUCAGCUCUUCUGACGAGCAGUCAUUUGGUUUUCAGAUCAUCAAGAAAACUGUGUUGGACAUGUUUCCCACGCUUACGGUCGCUCCAGGUAUUUGUAUUGGGAACACAGACAGCCGACAUUUCAAAGACCUGACCAGGGAUAUUUAUCGCUUUGCUCCUGUCUGGUUCAAACCAGGUGAUGCUCAAAGGUUCCAUGGGAUAAACGAAAGGAUUUCCAAAAAGAACUAUGAGGAGCUUGUUGUGUUUUAUUUUAACCUUAUGCAAAACUGUGACAUUCAGAAGCUUCCUGAGCCGCACAGUUCUGUUCAUGAACUCUAAGGGUCUGUUUGGUUGUCUUGAUGUGCUCUGAGUUUAUAAUGCUAGACAAUGAUUCUGUAUUAAAUAGAACUGGGUUAACUUGAAUGAAAAGGUAGGGGAAAAAAAAUCAUUACCUAUUUUUGUCCAAUGGAUUCAGGUGCUCUGGAUGGGCCCAUGGAUGGACUUUGUCCCUUGUUGAUGAAUUUCAAAAGCAAGGUUUGCAAUUUUUUAUUGUUUUUGGAAAAGAGGUGCAAUUUAAUUAUGGAUAUUUGCUGCUGCAAACUAAUUACGACAUGAGUAUUAGAUAAAGAUUAUAUGCUAUAGGUUAUAUGUUAUAGAUUAUUGCCUUAAUUUAACCAAAGUUGGUGCUCGUGUGAUUGACUUGAAGAUCUAGUUGCUGUUAAUACUGUGAUAAUUGACAGGGAUUGUGUUAUGCACUGAGAUGACACAAAUGUGUCCACGGAUCUAUUAACAUGCUUAUGUUAUUUUCCAAAUAUGUAACAACAAACUGUUAAAAAGGCAUAGAAUUGUCAAUGUCUCUUUGAAACAAAAAUUGAUUUGCAAAUGUGGGUUCUUUUGCACCCUCUGUAGCAUUUGACAGAUGUUGCUGAAAAUAAGGCAGGCAAUGCUUAUUUACAUACAUCAACUUGUGAAAUAGUUAGGGUUGAUGGCAUAGUAAUUGCUCUGUCCAUUUGCAACAAUACAAUAAAAAUAUCUGUGUUAAAACCGCACACGUAUGUGAUUAUGUAUUUGUCUUUUUGUACAAUGUUUUGCAUUGUAAUUCUUGUCUAGUAUGCUGUGUAGUAAUGAAAAGAAGUCUAGAUGACUUAAUAUUUGCCUCUAGUUUUAAUUAUUUUGUUUAUAGACUGCCUGAAAUUCCCUUAAAAUACAAACCUGUUAGCUUUCUGAAGGCUGUACAUGGAUGGCUUAUAUAUUCAGGUGUGUAAACAGACAUAUCGAUUACUGCUAACUCAGGUAAACUGUUUUGUCAGGGUUAGGACACUAAAAUGUUGCGUGUAAAACAGAUAACGGCGUUUUGUUGAAGAACUUUGACCUCAUGAUGGAACCAAAGCACUCAUUUUAUACGUGUGUCUGGAGCUGCUGUACUUUUGGGCAGGCACUAAAUCUACUUUAUUUACAGAUUUGUAAAGCUGUGAAUGUAUUAUCUUGAAUUUUAAUAUAUUUCAAAGUUAAUGAAAUACAAUUUCAAUGCUUUCUGCCAAAAGCUAUAAAUGUGUUGUAGCUGUUAGUCAAUGUUAAUCAUUAAUAAGGCUAUAUUAUGUUAUGAUAUACCUUGAAAUCCAGAAUAUGGUAAAAUUAUGAUAUAAUUCUGUGCUGAAAAGGGGACUUGGAAACUAUAAUUGCAAAAACCUUGUCAUGAACCUCUGUCAAUAUAUAUCAGCACACUGAAUGAGAUUUGUGGUUUGGUGAGAGACCACUCUCAAGAUUUUUGUGUAACUGUUGCUCCUCUGGUUAAGCUGCAAAGUUGAAUGAGAUCUUUACUAGCGCUGUAACCAUAAGAAGCUAGUGAAGAGCAUUGUUUUAGUAAAAAUAACCAAAAACAGAGAGAGAGAAAAGAAAAACAGUUGCAAUGUUGAUAUAAAUGUAUUUUUUAUUGAUCGUCUUGAAAACAAGCAUUUUUCUGAAGUUUUUUUUUUCUGUCUCUUUAAAUCUUAAAGAGGCUCUUCUCUCCCCACCCACCUCCAGGCUUGCAGAGCUUUCCACUCUACCUCAUUCGGCCAUUUUUAUAGUAUGCUUGGAGACAGUGUAAUGAACAAUCGAUGACAUUUCUGUAACUUCAGCAUCCUUCGGCUUGGACUACAAAAUCGUAAUAAAUAAAUAAAUAAAUAAAUAACCGAAUGGUCUUCAUGACUUGAACAAAGGGAACAUGUAAAGAAAAUUUAAAGCCCAGUUCUGUUGUUUAACCAUUGUUUGUUUGUUUUUUUUCUUUUGUGAGGAGCUUAAAUGAGAAAAAGCCAAUAUUACUGAGUUUUGAUGACAACAUAUGUCAUAAUAUAUAUAUGUAUUUUACUGAGGAGUUUAGGAUUGAAUUAAUGCCACUGAUUGAUUUGUGUUUGUGUCUGCUGAUUGCACUCAGUGAAGUUCUUUUCUUGCUAAAAAAGGAAUAAGUAAACACUAUCAGGACAAACACUUGACAUAUAUUGUUUUAUUUUAAGAUUAAUAUAUGUCUUUUGUGUUUUCUUUUUAUGGUCAAACUGUGGCCCGUUUUAAGCGCUACUGCAACGUUUUGAAGACAAUGCACACAUUAGUUUUGUAUUACAUUCUUACCGAAUGAAACUACCGUAUUUGGCUCGUUGUGUUUCAGAAAAGCUAUAAAAGUUUUCCCCAAAAUGCUGUGCUGUUCAUCCUGUUCCGUAUAAGACUCUAUAGAAUAAAUUCAUGUUACCUUUA